AUGAGUCGUAAACCAGCUAAGUCGCGUGCCGCCGCUGGCAACACAUUUACGAGUUUCGGAUCCAAUACCUUCAGUGCUUUCUCAACUUCUUCUAGAGGUGCCGACCUAUCCUACCUGGCCGAACCUCCCAAUCUCUCUUCCAUAUCUGACGCCAAUGUUGUCGUAUCUCUUAAGAACCUGCAAAAGAAGGAUGCUACAACUAAAGCGAAGGCUUUAGAAGAAUUAGUGACCUACGUUCAGGCUCAUCCAUAUGAGAGAGAUGGAGGCAUAGAAGAGCCUAUUCUAGAGGCUUGGGUCCAAUUAUAUCCUCGCGUUUCGAUAGAAAAUGCCCGUCGCGUCCGCGAACUCUCACAUAUAUUGCAAUAUGAGUUAAUGAAAUCCGGUCGCAAGCGCACGGAGAGAUAUGUGCCUAAGAUUGUAGGCUCUUGGCUUGCUGGAACAUUCGACAGAGACAAAGUCGUAUCUCGCGCAGCCGCGGAAGGGCUAUCUUCCUUUCUUACAAGCCCAGAGAAAGUGGUCCAGUUUUGGAAGCGAUGUCAGCCUCAGAUCCUAGAUUAUGCGUCUGGAGCGAUAAGGGAGACCGCGGAAACCCUUAGCGACGAGCGAUCUACGAGCAUCGAUGAUUCCGAGGCUAAAUCAUAUCGAGUCCUAGGAAGUAGUCUUGCGCUAGUCCUAGGUCUCUUACAGAAAUUGAGUCCUGUGGAUCUUGAGAAGUAUCAGGACGAUUAUGAUCAAUUCUUCGAGCAAGAUAAGGUCUGGAAGAGUGUUUCUAUUAACGAUGCCGUCGUGAGGCAGUUGUCCUGCCAGCUCUUGAUCGCAUGUCUUGAAAAAAGACCAGGAAGGAUCGAGGCAGACCUUGGCCGACUUAGUAAGACCUUUGUAGCCGAAGGCUUGACUUGUAGUCAAGUUGGUUCCGCGGCUAAUUAUGUUGACGCAUUGACCGAAUUGACCGCCAGACACCCAACUGUCUGGACGUCUGAAUAUCGGGGAAAGAAGUCACUGGCGUCAAGAUUAAAACUAUUCUUGGAGAAGGGCUCUCAGAGUGCUGGAUCGAAGUUCUGGGUCUCACUCAAUCGCUUGAUAGAAGUUAUACCUACUGAAAUACUUCCAAAGGAUCUAGAUAGCGCCUUGGACUUCUUAAAGUCUAUGAGGUUAGGUUUAACAAGGAGAGAGGAACCUCGCAGUAGUGCUAUUGAUGGCUGGUCAACGUACCUCAACACUGCUAGAAUGUUUAUCAAGGUGGUGAACUCCAUUAAGGACCGAGUCAAGAUAGCGCAAGAAGACAUAUUCCCUCUGAUUACGCACUAUUUCCACCCAACCCCUGAAACAUCAACAUGGGCUUCUGGAAGCCAAGUGCAGAUUCUAAUCAAAGCAUACACAUCAACGGCAACGUCACCUUUUGAGGAAGUUAUAUGGGCCACCGACUCGGAAUGGGGCCAAUGGAAGGAGAACUUCAGAGCCCGCAUCCGCAACUCGUUACCCGAGGCAUCGAAGGAAUAUGAAAAGUCGCAGAAGGCAAUAGCCGAUGAGGGCUAUAAAUGGUUCACCUUUACGGGUUUAAUUUCGGAAGCUCAUGAGAAAACAUUAGGGACUGACCGUCCCAUCCCGGAUAUCCCUGCCAAGUAUUCCCUAGAAUUACUUCAGGAUGUCUUUAAGUUGUUAGAAACAAGGAAAUGGAAACCAUUUGGAGCAGCAGCUACCGUAGAAUCAGCUUUUAAGCGAUCCCCGCGCCUUUUCGGGCAAUCUUCAGCUGCUAUAAGCGAUGUGUUCGACCAUCUCACAAACACGCUACAAACUCAUGGAGUUGAGUUCAUCCAAUCACCAGCUGCAUCAUAUAUUUUCUCAAGCAUCAACCUGUUAGGUCAUAUUCCUGAGCAGAAACAGGAAUAUGAGAAAAUUUGGACGGCAAACAUCACGACCCUUCUGGAAUACACCGAAAACCCCAGCACUUUGUCGGCUCUCACUGCUCUCAUUUCUACCAAGGAAGCUGGCGGUCUUGCCAAGCAGUUCCAGAACUUACAAGCAGAAUUAAUAAAGCAGUGUCUGAUGUGUGCUGUCGGCACCAUAGAUUCUGGCUGGGUCCUUUUCGAUGCGGCAUUGACAUUCGAUGCGUUAACAGACGCUGCUGCGAGUCGACUUACGACAGAGCUUGGAAGUCGCAUCACGAACGCCCUAGGCCAGCCAAAUCCAGGUGUAAUCAAGGGCCUACGUCUUAUAGCGGAGAAGAAGCCAGAUCUUUUAUUACAGGACGAAGUGACUCACAUGAAUUUGAUGACUAACUUGUUAAGUGUUUCCGAACGGUUUGAUGCUACUUCUGAUAUAGCCGUGCUAAAGGGGUUGAUGGAAACCCCGUCAACCGGUAGUUCUCGGCUAUCAGGUCUCGUGCAGCGAAGUAUCUCUACCGCCGACUCGAGCUCGCUUGCCGUUGAUACUAUUGUCCAGCAAGUUAUUCAAAGUUCUGUUACCGAUGCAGAGGGUAAUGGUCAACUAGAAAACCUGAUACCAGACACAAGGGUAUGGAGGGAAGAGUUAGCUCUCUUUCUACAAGAGACACCCAACCAAUCUCUCGCCUUCACAAGUGUUGUUGGCGGUGCUUAUUUCCUCCCAAUAUCCACGCUGGCUACAUCGAGUACAUCUGCAAGAAGAGAUCGAGAUGGCUGUUCGAUUCCUGGGCGCAUGGCGAUAUACAUCGCUAAGCUGCUUUCCGCGGGUUUUCAGCUUGACGCUCUGCCACUUCUAAAGCGUGUGGAGAUCGUGAUAUAUUUGAGUCUGACCAUACAGUUAGUAACAGAUCAACUUACUGUCAAAGGUAAAAAUCAGAUUUGGAGUUCGCUUUCCUCUGAUACUUCUCUAUCAAAUGCUGAAGAGUUGGUUUCAUCUGCGCGAAAGGCCAUCGUCGAUAUGACAGAGGAUGCUGCUGAUUGGAGAGAUGGUUCCAACACGGAUAAGUCGCGGUUGAUGCACGACAUCAUACGAACACUUAUUGACGAGUCAAGGCCCCUAACACCUAUGGGUCUAUAUUGUGCACGGGCUUUGAGUGAGAUUCUCCAAGCGUUAGCAGAGAAGCAUGGCUUCCCUUCUAGCGGGGAGCAAUGGCUAUCUGAUUUGGAUAUACUUAAGAACAACACCUCUACUGUCUUCCCUGCUGUCGCAAUCCUCAGUGGCCUUGGAGAAGCACUUUCUGCUUCAAGGGCAGUUAGCAACUUCUGCAACCGCCUGAUCAGCGAUAUUGCAGGAGCCAGUCCUAACCAGGAAAAAAGUCUUAUCAAUCUCGUGCUUCUCAACGCUUGCGCACAGGUAUAUGAUGUCGGCGAACUUCCAGUCGCGAACAAUCGGCUAGUUUUCGCGGUCAAGCAAAUUACAUCGUGGCUGGACACUCCUGAAGACCUCGACUAUCGUUUCGGAGCAGAAGCUUGUCGUAGCCUCCAGCGCCUCCUUCCGUGUGUUAAGGACAUCUACGGCCCUUAUUGGGAGAAGACUCUGGAUUUUUGCAUAUAUCUCUGGACAAAACCGACGACUGGGUCACUUGAAUGUCGGUUGCCUGAACUUCACGCUUCUCUUCGUCUAUUUACUACGUUGCGAUCACUUGAAGAACCUAAUGACGACCUUAUUGAUGUUUUGCAGAUAUCCGCAGAGAAAAUAUCAGCUGCAUUGAUUAAGCUACUUCAAAUUUCUAGGGACAUAGAUACACAACCCCUAGAGAUUGUAGACUCGAUUCUCUGCCGGCUGGUAGAAAAGCUUCCUCUACACCAUAUAAAGGAUCUCUCAGAGUUAUAUGGUCUAGUAGCAAGUGAUUCGCGGGGCAUCCAAACAGCAGCGUUUACCAUUCUUCACAAAGCACUUCCUGCUGCUCAGGAGGAUCUAUCGCUAGACGUUUUAUUAGAGAAGAAAGCGGCUCAGCUUCCGGAUGAACUCCUAUCUCUUCUUCUCGAUGCCCCAACGCUAGAGAAGUACUCUGAUGAAGCCCUCGGCCGUUUCCCAUCGCCAGUUCGCUCUUAUCUUCUCUCUUGGCAUCUCAUAUUUGACUCUUUCCAAGCCGCGGCUUUUAAAGUACGCAGUGAUUAUGCCGAGAAUCUUAAGGCAGCUAAUUAUGUUGGCCCACUGAUGGAGUUCACUUUCGAUGUUCUAGGUCAUUCAGCGGCUCAUGCAUUGAACCUGGAUAAGGUCAACUUUACGAAGGAACAUAUUAAGAAGUAUGACAUAAAGCUCGCCGAAGCCGAGACCGAAGAGAGGAACAUGCAGUGGCUCCUCGUCCAUUUAUACUACCUCGUGUUAAAAUACGUUCCUAGUCUCUUCAAGACAUGGUACAUGGAAUGCCGGUCAAAGCAGACUAAGAUUGCGGUCGAAGGCUGGAUGACAGAAUUCUUCUCCCCUAUCAUCAUAUCAGAAGCAUUAGACGACGUUGAAAACUGGUCCACCACCCAGGAGACGCCUACAGAAGGCGAAAACGAGUUGAUCGUGAAAGUUAGUCGCGCUGCUAGAGAGGUUACUGCUGGCUACGAGGUGGAUGAGCUACAAGCAUCGAUUUCGAUACGGCUCCCGCAGGAGUUUCCUCUCGAGAACGUUUUGGUGUCGGGAAUAAACCGCGUCGCGGUCAACGAGAGGAAGUGGCAGAGCUGGAUCAUGACAACGCAGGCCGUGAUAACAUUUUCGGGUGGCAGCAUUAUUGAUGGCCUUACGACUUUCCGCCGUAACAUAGUGGGUGCCAUGAAGGGACAGACCGAAUGCGCCAUCUGUUAUAGCAUCAUCAGUACCGACAAGAAGACGCCAGAUAAACGCUGCCAGACGUGUAAAAACCUCUUCCACCGCACUUGUCUGUAUAAGUGGUUCCAGAGCAGUAAUCAAAAUACAUGCCCUCUAUGUCGUAACCCGAUUGAUUAUCUCGGGUCGGAUAGGAGAGCAGCAAGGAAUGCAUAA